AUGCUGGCGAAGCUUUCUCUUCCGCCUCUCCCCUCCCCACCACCACAGCUUUCUUCCCGGAUCUCGCCAGUCGGUGGAGAGAGGUCAAGGGUCAAACUGAGCAAGGAAUUUAGGUCUGUAUUGUUAAAUUCAUUUCUUACCGAAAUAAAUAAUUGUUACGAAUCUCAAAGGGGGCGAGUUGAAUGGAUGCAGCACAGCAGACCCAGAAGGAAGGAAUGGUCAGGACGAGAUCCUGGAGCAGCUGACCAUUGA